GAUCCCCUUUCACGUGACCAACUUGAGAGAGAGUCCAUAUCCUCCUCUGAUCCUAUCCCACAAUUCGAUGCCCUGCAACUUGUGAUGUAUGCUUCUAUAUAUAUCUUGUGGUGGGUCUCUCUCUCUCUCUCUCUCUCUCUCUCUCUCUUUCUCUCCGUCUCCGUUUCUUCUCUUCUCCGAGCCUGAACCAAAACGUGCACGCCGCUCUCUCUCUCUCUCUCUCUCUCUCUCUCUCUCUCUCUCUCUCGCUUCGUCUCCGAUAGAGAGAAAGGGGGGAGGGGGAAUGGAGAUCGACCGAGCUAUAAGGGAGAGCACCGAUCGGAGGCUUCAGACCAAAUACAACAACGCGAUCUACGUGAUUCAGAGGGCGUUCGCUCUCUACAAGUUAGAGGAAGUUGCCUUGAGCUUUAAUGGAGGAAAGGACUCAACUGUUUUGCUACAUUUAAUUCGAGCUGGAUAUUAUCUGCACAUGGACAAAACUGAUUUUUGUAAUGGGAUCCAGCAAGAUGGGCUUCUAAACUGCCCUAUACGGACUAUCUAUUUUGAGAGCCCAUGUGCUUUUCCAGAAAUUAAUUCAUUUACUUAUGAAACAGCCUCCCAUUAUGGCUUGCCAUUGGAGAUUAUUCGCUCAGAUUUCAAGUCUGGUCUGGAAGGUUUGCUAAAGGAAAAACCUACCAAAGCUAUAUUUCUUGGCACCCGAAUUGGAGAUCCUAAUGCGGUUGGUCAAGAACAAUUCUCCCCUAGUUCAAAUGGCUGGCCUCCUUUUAUGAGGGUGAAUCCUAUAUUGGAUUGGUCUUACAGGGAUGUGUGGUCUUUCAUCCUAACAUGCAAGGUUAAGUACUGCAGCUUGUAUGAUCAAGGGUAUACUUCCAUUGGGAGCAUAUAUGACACAGUUCCAAAUACAUUAUUGUGCAUUGCUGAUUCCUCGAGCAUGGAGGAAAAUUUUAAACCUGCAUAUAUGCUGUUAGAUGGAAGACUUGAAAGGGCGGGGAGAGCAAAGAAAAAUUCUGUAAAAUCUGAAAACAAUUCUGUUCCAAGUAAUGGCCUUAACAUUGUUGAUGCUCAUCAAAGUGCAUCUUACAGAGCAUCAAUCAUUAUUGUGGGCGAUGAGUAUCUAUUUGGGACUUUUGAAGACAAAUUGGGAACAGCAUUAUGCAAGAAGCUUCAUGAUAUCGGCUGGCAAGUUUCCCACAUAGCGGUCGUUCAAAAUGAAAUCGACUCUGUGGCAGACGAAGUCGAACGCUGGAAGUCUACAGAUGACAUGGUUUUCCUUCUUGGAGGACUUGGCCCUUUGCAUUCGGAUGUUUCAGUUGCAGGCGUUGGAAAAGCAUUUGGAGUUCGUCUGGCCCCUGAUGAAGAGUUCGAAGAGUAUCUUAGGCAGCUUAUAGGAAACAACUAUACUGGUGACCGAAAUGAGAUGGCUUUGUUGCCUGAAGGCAUAACUGAGUUACUGCACCACAAAAUGCUACCUGUGCCAUUAAUUAAAUGCAAAAAUGUGAUUAUUCUUGCUGCAACAAAUCACGAAGAACUUGAUACACAAUGGGAUUGCCUUUUGGAAUUACCAAAUAUCAAUUUAGUACGGACCGCGCCAUUCAAAUCAAAGCAUCUGAGCACCAUGCUUUCUGAAGUUGAAACUGCUCAAGUAUUAUCCAAACUAAGUGUGGAUUUCCCUGAUAUAUACAUAGGGUGCCAUCGCAAGUCUAGACUCGGGCCGUUCAUAAUAAGCUUUGUUGGAAAGGAUAAAACGAGAGUGGAAUCGGCCGCUGCAAAACUCUCGCAGAGUUUCUCCGAAGGAGCAUUCUCGGAAGCCGACUGUGGCUAAUAGCAUGAUCGAGUUAAUUGAGAGAAUUUUGUUUAGUUAUAAUCUCUCCAAAAUGGGAGAGUGGUUUUCGAAAAGCUCCAUGUCAAUUUCGCCGCCAUCGUCCUGAAGAACGAAUGAGGCAGCCGAGAAGGGUAGUAGCAGAGGUCCCUAAUCUUAAUUUGAUCAGACACUAGGGACAAAUUUGUGAGUUGGCUUACACCACUCUAUAACCCACGGGAAAAAGGGUGGAGGAUCUAUUAUUUCUUAUAUAGCAAUUCAUCGAAGAAGGUUAAGUGUAAUUACUUACCAUAUUAAUGCAUGGCAAAUCCUUUUUAUUGGUGUUCAAGGUAUAAUUUUUUCGAAA